CGCGGCGCAUGGCGGGCACGGCGCGCGAUGUGCUGGAGCGGGUGCGGCGGCGCUCGGCGGGCGCGGCCCGGGACCGAGACCGGGAACGCCUCAAUGCAGCGUUCGCUUCGAUUGUGAAUUUGAUGAGAGGAGUCUCAAAGGAAUGCGAGAAGUGCUAUGGGUCUAUGGCAGCCAACAAGUGCAAAGAGAAUGAAAUCAAACACUUCUGCAAAUACCAUAGCAAGUCAGUAGAAAGAAAGAUGGAUUCCACAGAAGAAGAGGGGACUGGAGGUCCUGUAGAAUCCAGGCAAGCUCAAGCUUGCCAGCAAAGGCCCAGAAGACCUCCCAAAGAUUUCUACAUUGAAGUUUCUCCUGGCAUCUAUUCUGUCACAGCAAUCUCAGAAGACAUGAUGGAACACACCCACAUAGUAGAUGUCAGUGCAGGACAAAGUGUUGAUUUAACUUUUGUUCUGUGAUGUUUGUUGUUUCCUGGCAAUAUCAGGAAUAAAACACGAGGCUCUUUUUAAUAUGUGUAAUGAGCUAUAAAUAUCUUUCCUUGUUAGCACUUUAAUAGUAGCUUCCUCUUUGGGACUCCAUUUUUAUAGCCUGUAUAUUUGUUUUCUAGUUAAUAUAAUUAUAUGCAGCCCACUUUGUACACUGAGUUUUAUAUAUAUGUACAUUGUGUGCCUUUUAAAUCCAAUUAUGUGACUGUGUAAUUCCAGAUUCUUCUGCUCUAAACAAUUAAAGAUACAAUCAGUGCAAUAAAAUAUAUGAUCAAGCCUU